AUGGCGGAGUGGUCAACAUGGGCGGACAAUGCGAGGGAGAUCUCGGAGGAAGCGCCCCAGAUGUCAGGGCGGGUGCAUGUCCUGGGCCUCGGAAAUGUAGGGACCUUCAUUGCCCACUCGCUCGCAUCACGACAGUCUCCACCGCCUAUUUCACUCCUCCUUCAUAACACAGAUCUUUUGAGAGAGUUCCGACGGAAGAAAUACUCUCUCGCCAUCAACCACCAAGGCAUGGACGAAGUCAAAGGCGGAUUCGACGUGGAAGUGCUCUCCCAUUCGGAAUGGUACAAGGUGGACACGACGCAAGUCAAAAGCAAGGACCGCAAGAGAAAAAUCCCCGAAGAAGAAGACCAAUUUGAAAGCGCGGUAGACGAGGAAGACAUUGACUGCUUGAUUGUCUGUACCAAGGCCAAUGUCACAGAAAAGGCCAUCCAGACUCUCAAGCACCGCUUGACCUCGAAUUCAACUAUCUGCCUGGUUCAAAGUGGCAUGGGACUCAUCAGCCGACUCAAUGAAACGGUCUUUCCGGAUUCGAAUAAUCGUCCGCAUUAUAUCGAGAGUGCUUUCAGCCACUACCUCUCAAGGCAGCAUCCUUUCCACAUCGCCCAUAAUAGCCCUGGAACGCUCGUUCUCAGCCCCGCGGUCACGGAGAAAACUCCUCUGAUCGAAGCAGAGAAAGAUACCCACUGGGUUCCUUCAACAAAACACCUUCUCCGGCUCUUGACUCUUACGCCGCAACUAGUGGCCACGGUUGAGACACCCGCGGGUUUACUCCAGCACCGACUGGAGAAGCAGGUGGUCAACUGUAUUAUCGGCCCACUGACGGCAAUCAACGACUGCAAAAAUGGCGAGCUUUUGUAUAUCUUCAGCGCUACCCGGCUCAUGCGGUUGCUCCUCUUUGAAAUCUCGAGUGUGAUCUGCUCUCUCCCGGAGUUGCAGGGCAUCCCGGGCAUCCAGAGUCGAUUCUCUCCGGAGCGCCUACGCCGAAUGGUCACAUAUACUAUGUCGAAGACGGCCAACAACACCAGCUCCAUGCUCCAGGACGUCAAAGAUCGCAAAGUCACGGAGGUUGAAUACUUCAACGGCUGGAUCGUUCGCCGCGGCGAAGAGCUGGGUCUCAAGUGUGUGCUCAACUAUAUGGUUAAACACAUGGUGCAUACCAAGCUCGUUGUCAACAUGCGUAGGGACAACAGCGCCGUCCCUCUUGAUCUUGAGAACGUCAUUAUCACUGGUGACCCGCAAAUAGAUGAUUAA